AUGCCGGAGCUAAGCGGCAAGGUCCAGACUGUUCUGGGUCUGCUGGACCCGGACCAGCUGGGCCGCACCAUGACCCACGAGCACCUGACCAUGACCUUUGGGUGCUGUUACGUCCCCCCGCCGCCGGGCGAGGAGAAGAUUGCGGAGGACCCCUUCCACAUGCAGCACAUGCACUGGCUCAGGCAGAACCCGUACAGCAGCCGCCAGAACCUGCUGCUGCAGCAGGAGACGGCCGCCGUGCGCGACGAGCUGCUGGCCUACAGGAAGGCCGGCGGGGGCGCCAUCGUGGAGAACACCACCACGGGCAUUGACCGGGACCUGCCCACCCUGAGGAAGUUGGCCAAGGAGACGGGGGUCCACAUUGUGGCGGGGGCGGGCUACUAUGUGGACUGCACGCACAGCGACGCCACCAGGAAGAUGAGUGUGGAGAAGUUGACCGAUGUCAUCAUCAGCGAGGUUCUCCAUGGCGCCGACGGCACCAACGUCCGCUGCGGCGUUAUCGGCGAGAUCGGAACCAGCUGGCCCAUCACAGAGAGCGAGAGGAAGGUGCUAAAGGCCACGGCGCACGCUCAAGCCCAGCUGGGCUGCCCCGUCAUCAUCCAUCCCGGGCGCAAUCCCACUGCUCCGGCUGAGGUGGUGCGCGUUCUCCAGGAGGCGGGAGGUGACAUCGGCAAAACGGUCAUGUCUCACCUGGACAGGACCAUCUUCAGUGAGGCCGAACUGCUGGAGUUUGCUGAGCUGAGAAGUUACCUGGAAUACGACCUGUUUGGAACCGAGAUGCUCAACUACCCAUUCCACUCGGACAUAGACAUGCCAAGCGACAGCCAGAGAGUCAAGACCUUGGCGUUCCUUGUAAAAGAGGGCUACGAGGACAAGAUCGUCAUCGCGCACGACAUCCACACCAAGAACCGCUUAACCAAAUAUGGCGGCCACGGCUACUCGCACAUCCUGACUAACAUCGUUCCCAAGAUGCUAGCCAGGGGCAUCACGCAGACGCAGGUGGACAAGAUCCUGGUGGACAACCCCAAACGCUGGCUGGCCUUCAAAUAAAUGGCGAGGCAGUUUUUGAUUUUUUUUUUUUUAAAUUUAAUGGAGCAAUAAAUGAACUUUAGAACCCUUCAAUCAAUCACAGAGUCUAUGAAAAGGAAUAGAAUACCUUUAUUGUCAUUGCAUUAAAAAUACAAUGAAAUUGGAGUAAAAUGUUUUGCCAUACAAAAAAACAAUCAGCAUAGAUAUUAACAGUUAUAAAUAGUAGAAGUUCUAGGAAGAGAUAAAGGACUAUUAAAAAAGUGCAGUGCCUUGAUGUGUUUUCUCAUGAUUUUUGUGACCGUGUCGGACAGCCACUACUUCUGGAAAGAAGCUGUUCCUAAAUCUGCUCGUUCUUGUUUUGAGACACCCCGAGGGGUAAAAAGUUACCCACAAACAUAACAAAAGACUGUAUCUUUUGGUAUGUUUGUGGGUUUGGAGAGAAAUCUACAAUUUGCAAGUUCCUCUAAAGAAGGUACUUGACAAGCGAAUCUCUAUAGUUUUCCUGUCAGCUGCUGAGCUCCCAGUAAACCAAACACGAGAAUGCUCUCUAUGGUGGAUCGGUAGAAAAGGACCAGCAGUUUUUUGACGGACAUCAUUCUUUUUAAAAAAUUCUCAGGAAAGUCGCCGCUGUGCCUUUUUCACAGUUGUCUGUUCACGUCCGCCUGUUUGAGAUGAGGGUUCAAAGCAAUUUGAAAUUACAAACCCCGUUUCCAUAUGAGUUGGGAAUGAUGUAAAAAUUGGCGGCCCUAGUGUGUGGAUGUGAGUGUGAAUGUUGUCUGUCUAUCUGUGUUGGCCCUGCGAUGAGAUGGCGACUUGUCCAGGGUGUACCCUGCCUUCCGCCCGAUUGUAGCUGAGAUAGGCUCCAGCGCCCCCCGCGACCCCAAAGGGAAUAAGCGGUAGAAAAUGGAUGGUAAAAAUAAACGGAAUACAAUGAUUUGCAAAUCCUUUUCAACCCAUAUUCAAUUGAAUGCACUACAAAGACAA